AAUAAAACCACUACACUACCCUACCUCCUCUCUCAAGUCUCAAGUCUCAAGUCUCCAGUCUCAACAGGAGAACCUCUCAAGAGCGGGAGUGUGGUGAUUUUUUAGAGAGAGAAACAAAAAAUGGAAAUCUCUCCCUCAACGACACAAGAAUCUCUCAAUCUGAACACAAUUCGCAGUCGAAUAAAUGAACUUGAAGAAAUCUACAGAGAUUGCAAUGCAGAUAGUUUCUCCGAAAUAAACUCUUCUGAUUCUGAUGAAUUAAUGAAAGAUUCCGCUCAUCAACUUGUGAGCAAAGUGAGUCAAACCGUAACCGAGUACUCCGAUUUCAGUUUCCUAGGCAUUGAAGAUUUAGAUGCAUACUUAGCACACUUGAAAGAGGAGCUUGACGCGGCAGAGGCUGAGAGUGCAAAGAUCUCUAAUGAAAUUGAGUUGCUCAAUAGAACAUGUAUGGAAGAUUCUAGUGAACUAGAGAAUGAUCUUGAAUGGAUGAAGUGUUCGUUGGAUUUAAUUUCUUCACAGCGGGAUCGAGAGAAAGAAAAAGGAGAUGAACAGAUGGAGCACUUUUCAAGUGGAGAAAAUCAAUCAAAUUUGAUAAACACAAAUGAAGAAAACAAGUUUGAGAUUUUGAAGCUCGAUAAUCAGAUUGAGGAAAGCACAAGGAUUUUGAAGUCCAUGCAGGAUCUUGAUUCCGUAUGCAAAUGGUAUGAUGCCAUAGAACAAAUUGAAGAUGUAUUGUCGGGUCUGAAAGUCAUUGAAUUUGAUGGAACCUGCAUUAGAUUGUCAUUGCGGACUUAUAUUCCAAAACAAGAUGUAUUGUUCCUACAGAAGAUUGAAGAAACUAAUGUGCCAUAUGAAAUAAACCAUGAAUUUCUCAUAGAAGUUACCAAUGGAAGUAUGGAGAUUAAGAAAGUUGAGAUGUUUCCGAAUGACAUAUAUAUAGGAGACAUUGUUGAUGCUGCAAAGUCUUUCAGGCAAAUGUUUUUGCACUUGGCAUUGAUGGAGACAAGCUCUUCACUGGAGUGGUUUGUAAGAAAAGCUCAAGAUAGAAUUAUUCAGUCUACUUUGAGACGAUUGGUGGCAAGGAGUGCAAGUACAUCCAGGCAAUCCAUUGAAUACUUGGACAGAGAUGAAAUAAUAGUUGCUCAUAUGGUUGGGGGUGUUGAUGCUUUUAUGGAAGUUUCUCAGGGUUGGCCCAUAACAAAUUCCCCAUUGAAAUUGGUAUCUCUCAAGAACUCAAAUCACCAUGCAAAGGAAAUUUCGUUGGGCUUUCUCUGCAAGGUUGAGGAAGCGGCGAACUCCUUGGAUGUACACACGCGGCAGAACUUGUCAAGCUUUGUAGACUCUGUUGAAAAAAUUCUUGUAGAACAAAUGCACUUGGAACUGCAUUCAGAUGGUACUUCUAGCGUAUGACUACCACUGCACUAUUUGGGGACCUAAUAAUACAUGGACCCCCGGGUGUUUGCUCAGAUAUAACUUGAAGCCAUAAACAUGCCUGUAGAAGUGUGUCAAGUCUCUUCAGAAAUCAUUGUGGAUGCUACCAAAACGAUAUCCUCUCCGACACAAGCUUCCAUGUAUGAAUAUAUGCUCAAUUUCACGUAUGAUGGUUUUCACAAGCACGCUUUGCGUUUCAUGUUUCAUUUUUCGUGAACAACAUGACGAAGUUUUGCUUGAUCAUAUACUUUGGCACUCAAGAAUCAUGCUAUCUUGGAUCCAUGAUUCUUGAUACUGUUUCCUUUCCUUGUAUGUUUGCUCAACCUACAAUUAUUUAUUUUUAAUUUCUGUCCAGGUUUGCAAAACACCAUUUCAUUUGUUCUUGAGUCUUGGAUCUGGUCUCCUUUUGUAUUCUCAGGAGUUUGUUGUAAUGGUGAUAACACUUGAAAAAAGUUGUUUUAUAAAAAAGUAUUUUUAAUU